AUGAUUCCCGCUCUGUGUAAAGAUAACCAGCUACCAGCAGGGAGUGUAAUCCGAAAACCGGCUCUGUUAGCGAGCUAACGAGGCUGAGGUUGGCUUCCUAUUCGCCAGCUUCUUGUUCGAAUUUUCCCGUUCCACCUUAAAUGGUGCAGCAGUUACAUACUGGCACCUCAGACUGCUGCGCCAUUUAAGGUGGAACGGGAAAAUUCGAACAAGAAGCUGACUUCAGUUUAUCGCUGUGUCAGCUAAACUGGUUAGCGAGUGCAGGGUCCAUGGAGGAGCCAGGGGCUAUUGAGGUUACUGUUAAAACUCUGGACUCACAGAGCAGGAGCUACACUGUCCGAGGAGAGUGGACAGUGAAGGAGUUUAAAGAGCAUAUUGCCUCCUCAGUUGAGAUCCCUGUGGAUAAGCAGAGGCUGAUAUACCAGGGCAGGGUGCUGCAGGAUGAGAGAACACUGACAGAAUACAAUGUUGAUGGCAAAGUUAUUCAUCUUGUGGAGCGGGCCCCCCCUCAGACUACUCAGUCUGGCAGUGGUGGAAGUGCAGUUCCUGGCUCCUCGGGUGGAGCAGAGGGAGGAUCCAGCUCUUCUCACUCCUCUACUUCCACCUCUCAAGGUGCUCCACAUGACCGCAAUGGCAACAGCUACGUCAUGCUGGGCACUUUUAACCUUCCUGUCAAUAUCAUGGACCCCCAACAGAUACAGAUGUCUGUGCAGCAGAUGAUGGCUGGUGUUGGGGAGGCUGGGAGGAACGCCAGAGUCAGCACCAGCACUGGGAGCAAUGGAUCUGUGGACGUACAUAUCAACUUGGACCAGUCAGUGCAGAGUGAACCGAGGAUAAGGCUUCAGCUGGCUGAAAACCUGUUGCGAGAGACUCAGACGUUGAUUCAUAGAUUGGAGGGUCAGCCAAGUGAAGCGUCUACCCAGCAGGGUGCUACAGCUUCGCAGUCGACUUCCACGGCCUCUUCGUCUUCAGCACAACAAAUGGACACCUCCCCACCUCCAGCCCCUGCCUCUUCUUCCUCUACUUCGGCCUCCACACAAACAGAAGGACCUCCUCACUCUGGACCCAAUCACCCAAGCCCAUUGGAACUGGUGGAGGUUCUCUCAGAGGUGCGGAGAGUGGAGGAAAGACUCCGACCCUUUAUGGAGAGAACUCACUCCAUCCUAGGAGCAGCUAGUUUAGCUGAUUACAACAACAAUACACAAGAGCGUGAGGAAGAUCAGCGCACCCUCAAUAUGGUUGGAGAAUCUCUUCGUCUCCUAGGCAACACCUUGGUUGCUUUGAGUGAUCUUCGAUGCAAUUUGGCUGCUCAGCCUCCUCGACACCUACAUGUAGUUCGACCCAUGUCCCACUACGCCUCCCCGCUUCUGCUGCAGAGUGGACUCCCCCAUAUACCAAUACCGAUGAACAUCGGCACCACUGUUACAAUGACAUCUAAUGGCAGACAGGCGAGUGAGAGUCAGCCUCCAACAUCUCAACCACAUGGCCAAUCAGAGGAGCAGGGUCAGGCACAGGCACCACCCUCUCCACCAAAUGGAGUCAAUCAGCAGCCUGGUCAGGGGGCUCCUCGAGUGAUCAGAAUUACUCAUCAGACCAUGGAGCCUGUGGUCAUGAUGCAGAUGAACCUGGAUGAUUCAGGCAGUGGAGCUCAGGCCCCAGGCCAACAGAAUCCCAACGCUGCUGGACAGACUGGUACCACUCCACCCAUCCAUAUUCCAGGUUUGCCUCCGGAGUUCAUGCAGGCCAUUGUGCAUCAGAUCUCUCAACAGGCUGCUGCCAUGGCUACUGCAGCUUCAGCUGGCCACCAUGGGCAACAGGCUGGUGCUCCUGGCGCAACUGCCCAGAAUGGAGAAGCCCCAGCCGCUCCUCCCCCUCCACAAGCCAGAGUAGUCAUCACUCGGCCUUCCUUCUCUCCACGGAUUCCCCAGCCUGCCGGCACUAGAGGGACUACCAUCAACCUUCGGGCAACAGUGCCCCCCACAGCCAGCCAACAGCCUGGACAGGGCAACCCUGUGGCUCCCUCUCCUCUCACUCAGAUGGUGAGUGGUUUGGUCGGGCAGCUGUUAAUGCCGAUGCACACAGGUGAUCAAAUGUCUACUACCUCUUCCUCCCACUCAUUCUCUUUCUCUACCUCUUCACCCUCCUCUGCAUUUUCCUCCUCAAAUGCUCCUCCCACGUCAGCCAGCACGUCUGGCCAGACAUCCACUCACACCACCAGCACAGCCUCCGUGGGCCAGUCUCAGGAAGGAGGCACAGAGGGAAACCUAAGCCAGCUCCUAGGCUCUCUCUUGGGCGGUGCAGCUGGAGUAGGUGGGAAUGUCUCUGGAGGCCCACCUUCCAUCACUGUAACUGUGCCUGGUGUCCCUGCCUUCAUCCAGGGCUUAACUGAUUUCAUCCAGACCAAUCAGCCUGUGUUCACUCCUCCAAACCAGCAGCCUCCGCCGCCUCCUGCUGCUCCUUCUGGCCCCUCACCAUCACCCCCAAACCCUCCUCAGCCCCCCAGUGGAGCAGAGGAGACACUGAGCCCUGAGCUGUUCACGGGUAUUGUGCAAGGUGUGCUGUCCACCAUGAUGGGCUCUCUGGGGGCUGGCCAGGGCAACAGUGAAAGCAUUGCCCAGUUCAUCCAGAGGCUGUCCCAGACCAGCAAUCUCUUCACACCUGGGACUGGCGAUGCAGUGGGCUUUUUUGGAGACCUGUUGUCUCUGGUCUGUCAGAGUUUCUCCAUGGUGGACAUGGUGCUGUUGCUACAUGGCAAUCCUCAGCCUCUGAGUCGUAUCCAGCCCGAACUUACAGCCUUCUUCACUGAGCACUACCUACAGGGCCGAGAGCCCACUGAUGCCAACAUUGCCACUGCUGCUGAAGAUCUCAUCAAUGGGCUGGAGGAGUAUAUCGCUGAGAGCUUUUCUGCAGUUACAGUGCGAGAGGGGGUGGACAUCAUCCAGACUAACAUGUCCUUCCUCAGACAGCAGUUCACACAGAUGGCAACACACAUACUCCGCUGUACAGAUCACACCUUUGGUCCUCGUUUGCUGUUUCUGUGCACUCAGGGUCUGUUUGAAUGUCUCGCCCUCAAUCUGUACUGUUUAAGAGGAGAGCAGAGGGCUCUUACUGCAGUUAUCAACCACCGAAUUAGGAGGAUGUCUGCAGAGGUGAAUCCCAGUCUAGUGAACUGGCUGACCAGUAUGAUGUCUAUGAGGCUCCAUGUGAUCUUAGACCAUAACCCAGUCACCGAGAACCAGAUCCAGCAUUAUGUUAUCUAUACACAGCCCAACUCUGCUGUGAGAGUGGAAUCAGAUAGCCAAGCAGUUCAGCAGACUGAGAGCCAGAAUGUGGAGAUGGAAGAAGGUCUGUCUCCAGCUCCUGCCACCACUGCAGAGGAGGCCAUGGCAUCUUCAGGAGAAAGUGCCGAUAAUAGAGAACCAGCCGUAGAUCUCACCCCCCCUCACAGGCCCUUGUCAGGGGAGACACGAGGACCAGCUGGAAUGGCAGCUGCUGGGAGGGAGGACUCUGGUGCGGAGGCGGAGCCAUGGGCAGCGUCUGUACCACCUGAGUGGGUGCCCAUCAUUAGGCAUGACAUGCUGUCUCAGAGGAAAAUGAAGGCUCAGCCUCCACUUUCCGAUGCUUACCUUCAAGGAAUGCCUGCCAAGAGGAGGAAGACUGCUCAAGGUGAGGGACCACACCUUUCUCUCUCUGAGGCUGUGAGUCGUGCUGCCAGAUCAGUAGGAGUGCGCCCUGUCACUAAUCCAGACAGCCUGCAGGGGGAGCUGGAAGCACCAGAACUGCAGGAGGCCUAUACACAACAGGUUAAGAAUGACUUGAAAAAAAGAGUUAAUGAAGAUCCAGACUACAACUCUCAACGUUUCCCCAACACACACAAGGCUUUUUCAGAGAACUCCUAAUGUCCAAGUACAUCAUUACCAAUUCAAAUGUUCCAGUGAUUUCUUAGUGACUCUACAUAUACCGAUCAACCACCUUGUAGAUGUAAAGUCAGAGAAAAUAGCUCAUCUGUUGCUGCAGUUUGUGUUGGUCAUCCUCUAGUCCUUCAUCAGUGGUCAAAGGACGCUGCCCACAGGACGCUUUUGGCUGGAUGGUUUUGGUUGGUGGACUAUUCUCAGUCCAGCAGAGACACUGAGGUGUUUAAAAACUCCAACGGGACUGAUGUGUCUGUGAUCCACUCAUACUGUGAGGGUCCUGACCAUUGAAGAACAGGGUAAAAGGGGGCCAACAAAGUAUACAGAGAAACAGAUGAACUAGUCUGUAGAACUACAGAGUGCUCCUCUGUGGUAAGUGGAGGUGAGAAAAUGGACAAUGAGUGUAGAAACAAGAAGGUGGUCUUAAUGUUAUGGCUGAUCGGUGUAUAGUGAACCAGCGAAUCAGACAGGCAAUGGAGAAGCUGGAUUCUGCUGUGAAGGGGACUCCUCUUUGUACUCUUCACUUGGUGUGCAAUAGCCAUUGAUGCCCAUUUGUCGUGAACCGUAUCUAAUCUACUCUGUAGACCAUGUUUUUGGGACCAGAUGUCUCACAUCCAGAUUCAUUCUUUAAUGAACUUAUGUAUAUCUUUAAGGCUUCCUUUGUAAUGUCUGUUGUAAAUUAGGUUGUAUAUUGUUGUAAUGACUUGUUUUUAAUAGUGGCAAUAUUAGCAGCUACAAUACAACGUUACUAUCAUGCAUACAUGAAAUAAAUGUGUCCUUUGUUCAUUUCAGGCAGAACAGUAGUCACCUGAAGAGGUCCAAGUGCUUGUUUUUUUUUUCAGAAGAAUAGGUUGCACGAUGUAAAUCACAGCUGUAACUGAUUUAUCUGUAACCGUCAUGUGUAACUAGCUUCAUCACCCUGUGUCCCCUUGCUUAACUCUCCCUGGCACAGCAACUACCGUUUUCCUUCCUUUUGUAAUUUAAAACUAUUAAACUAUCUGCUGCUUGUGAAUGCGACUGUUCUGCAAUAAAACAUAAUCCCAAA